AUGGCCGUGUUAAAUGACUUGGGAUUGAUUGGUACAAUCAACGAAAACGAUAGCAUCGAUUUCGCAGAGGAGAGCAGCGAUAGUGACGAUGAGGAUGCUGUUAAAAUUUCAAAGAAAAAGAAAAAGAACAAAAAACUAGCAGACGAAUUCAAUGCCAGUUUUGUUUUCACUGACCAGCAAGAUUCACAGACAGCAUUUAAAGUAGAUUAUGGCUUAAAAAUUCAACGAAAAAGACAAGAUGAAACCUCCUUAGACGAGAAAAUUGCAAAGGCACGAAAGAAAAUAAAGAGGGAAAAGAAAGAUGACGAUAUUGAGAGUGGAGAUGAAGAGAUAGAAGAAGAUGUAUCUUCUGACGAGGAAAUGAUGACUGACACUGUUAAAACAAAAGAAAAAAAGAAAAAGAAACAGAGAAAGAAGAACCAAGAUAAUGACAGUGAAGAGGAGCAGGAAAAGAUUGAGUUUUCAGAAUGCAUUGACACAUUUGAUGACAGUGUGAGCUUCAAUGAUAUGAAUAUUUCCAGACCACUAAUGAAGGGAUUGGCAAACAUGAAUUUUGAGAAGCCAACACCCAUUCAGGGAGCUACUAUACCAGUGGCACUGCUUGGCAAGGACUUGUGUGCUUGUGCUGUAACAGGCUCUGGUAAAACUGUGGCAUUUAUGCUACCAAUCCUGGAACGACUGCUAUACAAACCCAAACAGGAUGCUGUGACACGUGUCAUCGUUAUGGUGCCCACAAGAGAACUGGCUAUCCAGGUGUUUACUGUUGCGAAGCAACUUGCCCAGUAUACCCAAAUACAGAUCACACUAUCUACAGGUGGUUUGGACCUGAAGGCACAGGAGGCAGCACUGAGAUUGAACCCAGAUAUUGUAAUAGCCACACCUGGACGUCUCCUUGACCAUCUGCAAAACUCUCCUAACUUUGGACUCAACAGCAUAGAGAUCCUUGUCCUGGACGAGGCAGACAGAAUGUUGGAUGAAUAUUUUGCGGAGCAGAUGAAAGAAAUCAUUCGACAAUGUUCCCGCACAAGGCAAACUAUGUUGUUCUCAGCUACCAUGACAGAAGAGGUAAAAGACUUGGCAGCAGUUUCUCUGAGGAAUCCUGUGAAAAUCUUUGUCAAUGAAAGUACAGAUGUGGCUCUUGGCCUUCGUCAGGAGUUUGUGAGAAUACGUCCCAACAGAGAGGGUGACCGUGAGGCCAUUGUAGCAGCUCUAGUGAGCAGAACAUUUCGCGACCAGUGUAUCGUGUUUAUACAGACAAAGAAACAGGCACAUCGCAUGCACAUAGUCCUUGGACUUUUAGGAGUGAAUGUAGGCGAGUUACACGGCAAUCUCUCACAGGCACAGCGAUUAGAGACUCUAAAAAAGUUCAAGCUCGGUGAGGUAGAUGUUUUACUGGCUACAGAUCUGGCAGCUAGAGGUCUGGACAUACAAGGUGUGAAAACUGUGAUAAAUUUUACCAUGCCAAACACGACAAAACACUACGUACAUCGAGUGGGAAGGACAGCUCGUGCCGGACGGAAGGGCAGGUCUGUGACAUUGGUUGGUGAGCAGGAGAGAAAGAUACUUAAGGAAAUUGUUAAACAGGCCAAAACACCGCUUAAAACCCGCAUAGUGCCACAAGAGGUGAUCACAAAGUACCGGGACCGUAUUAGUCGUAUGGAGAAGGAGGUCGCUCAGAUCGAGGUACAGGAAAAGGAAGAACGUGAGCUUCGUGCUACAGAGAACCAUAUGAAUAAGGCACAGAACCUUCUCAAUGCAGGAGGGGAAGUGGCCCCUAAAAGGGGCUGGUUCCAGACUCACAAGGACCGUAUGCAGGAGAAAGAAACAUUACGACUUGGAAAGUUUUCUGGAACUGGAACUAAUAAAAAGAUGGCAAAGAAAAAGAAGACAUCGGAGGACCGAGUCCUUCACGAGCUUUCAAAGUCACAUCUUUACUCCACCAAGUCCUUAAAAAAAUCAUACCGGCCACAGAAACUUCGGGUACAUAACGAGGAUGACACAUCAGGUCAAUCUAAGAAUAAUAAGAAAAAGAAUAAAGGACAGAAAAGGAAGUCAGCCUUCGAUCGGGAACUCACAGACACCGGCAAGUCAGCUGUCAAGAAGUUUAGGGCUGGUCCUUCAUACAAAGAAAGACAGGAGAUGGGCAUGAAAGGAAAGUCAACAGGAAAUAAGAACAGAUUUAAGAAGAAGAAGUAAUCGUCAUUGUGAUACUAUUAUACACUACAUUGUAUGUAUAUCAUUACCACAUAUGUAACUAAUAAAUUUUUGACUC